AUGAUGUCUACUGUCCUUAUUAAACUGGACGCUUUGCUUAGGGCACCAGUACACCUGUGCCCUGCUGACAAGAUGCUCGUCUUUGGAAACUUGGUGUUCGCUGCUCUAGUUGCGUGUGCGCAUGCCAUCGAUAUUUGCAUCUUGGACUCUCCCAAUGUCAAAGCGGAGAUUGAAAACAAUCCGUUAGGAGGAUACAACAUUGUCUUGGAUAGAAGGGGUCUUUCAGAAGUAAUAGCGGUGGUGGGUCGCCGCACCGGAGCCAUCAAAGAUGUGGUGGAAGACGGAGACGUGGUGAUCCAGUUCAGCAACGACACCACUGUCAGGAUCAGCAGUGAGGAGGUGGUGGGAGAGAGGAAUGGGUAUAUCAUUACAUUCACCUGGGAGGCCCCUAAAGGAGUCAGUUUGGAGGACUGUGUUAAUCUUGGUACCCGCCACUGGUAUGGAGGACCACAGCAGAAACGACAAUACUGGCCAAUAGAGCGUCUGGUUUUACCGAACUAUUCCUACGUGACCAAGGAAGCUGACAACUGUGGUGUAGCCGAGCCUUAUUGGCUUAACUCGGAAGGCAUUUUCUACUACUUCGAUAAGAAGGUCCCUCUCUUCGUAGACCAAAACAAUCUGGAGAAAAACGCCGCCUGUUUCAUAGCGCAGAUCAAAUCUCCCUACUCCAGCAAAAGGGCCAAAACGGAUCUGAUCUACGCGAUAGGAAUCUUCGACGAUGCUAGGAAAGCUCACGAAUAUGCCGUGGAAAAGUAUUUGGAGAAGCCUAAAGGGAUUCCUGAUGAGAGAAUGAUAACAUACCCUAUAUGGUCAACGUGGGCGAGGUAUAAGAGAGACGUCAAUCAUAACACAGUCUUGCAGUUUGCUGAUGAAAUCACUAAGAACGGAUUUCCAAAUAGUCAGUUGGAAAUUGAUGAUCUUUGGGAAACGUGUUACGGGUCUCAGACGGUAGAUGUCGCUAGGUUCCCCAAUAUUAGGAACACAAUGGCCAUAUUGAGGGCGAAAGGAUACAGAGUGACGAUGUGGACACAUCCGUUUAUCAAUAAGGGAUGUGAGCCCUGGUAUUCUGAAGCUAAGAGCAAAGGCUACCUGGUAGCCUCUGAGUACGGCUCGGUGGAGACCAGCUGGUGGAACGACAAUGAGACCACGACAGCGUACAUCGACUUCACAAAACCUGCCGCCAGACAGUGGUACCUGGACCGACUGCAUCUCCUCAAGAACACCUCUGGAGUUGACAGCUUUAAGUUUGACGGUGGGGAGUCUAGCUGGUCACCACAGAUACCUGUGCUACAAGGUGACAUUAGAGACCAGCCAGGCGUGAUAUCGGCUGACUACGUAAGGACAGUGGUACAGUUCGGACCCCUUGUCGAAGUACGAGUUGGGUACAGAACCCAAGACCUUCCAGUAUUCAUCCGAAUGAUAGACAAGGACACCUACUGGACCUACGAGAAUGGACUCCCGACCCUCAUCACUACGCUGCUGCAGAUGAAUAUGAACGGCUACCCUCUGGUCCUCCCUGACAUGAUCGGAGGGAAUGGAUACAAUGAGCCUCCCACCAAGGAACUGUUCAUCAGAUGGCUCCAAGCCAACACCUUCAUGCCUAGCAUGCAGUUCUCGUAUGUGCCUUGGGAAUUUGAUAAUGAGACAAUAGCUAUAAGCAAGAAGUACGUGCAACUUCACGCGCAGUACGCCCCCGCUAUCAUUGCGGCGUGCAGACGAGCGGUGACGCACGGCGAGCCAGUCAACCCGCCGGUGUGGUGGAUAGCACCUAAUGACACUGAGGCUCAUGAUAUUUCUGAUGAAUACCUGCUCGGCGAGAACAUCCUAGUGGCCCCAGUAAUAGAGCGCACAGCUCGAGAGAGGGACGUGUACCUGCCGGCGGGGACCUGGCUGGCGCAGGGGGACCCCGCCCGCCCUGUACAGGGGGGAGACUGGAUCCGGCAUUAUCCGGCACCACUUGAUACUCUGCCGUAUUUUAUUAAGGUUUAA